AUGACCUUCGAUCGGACGUCGUUCUUCAAGGCUCGGGCCAAGUUGCUGACUACAAAAGGGGCGGCUGCGGCAACAGAUCCUGACAAGCCAGUUAAUUCAGGUCGCCAUCCCGUGACAAGCAUCUCCUAUCGUCGGCAUUCUUGUGAUCUCCAACAACUUGCCUCUGAUCUCUAUGAAUUCUACGAUGCUCUCCGUGGCAAGCAGAUACCAUAUGUGCUUUUGAAUUCACCGAUGUACGACAUGACUGAUGCAGAACGUGAUAAACUAGAUUAUGAUUCUGAUAAGGAAUUUAAUCACCUUCUGCACGUGUACUGGAUUCUGAAGGAACGCUAUCAGCAUAUGGCAAAUGUCUUCAUGAUAAUGCGGAAGCAUCGUAUUCGUGCUAUGGCUGAGCGCAAGCAAUAUGAAUCACUUCAUGCACUCACAAAAUAUGUGAUGGCGCAAGGAGUAGACGUCGCCGGAGAAUGGGAAAGAAGCCUUGGCACAGGCAGCACGAACAAAGGCUUCAGAAGCAGACAAGGUUCCUGCGAUGGUGAUGAUUGGGUUAACACGGAACGGAUUUCAACGCGCGUCGGCGUCGCCCCGGUUCUCAAGGUCCUCGACGAUGCGAAACACCCGGUUGCAAGCGACGCAUGCCCUGCAGAAGACCAUGACGAAGUCACUGAUGAUGGUUUUACCGAUGAAGAAAAAGCACAAUUGAUGGCUGAGAAUGAGGAAAUGUUUGCUCAGUUCGGACAGAUAAAUUCCGAGAUUGAUCAACUCGAAACGCAAAUUGCUGAAAUCCAACGUCUCCAAGACCGAUUUUCGGAUAAGUUGACUGAACAAGAACACGACAUCGAGACGGUCCACGAUACAGCGGUGCGGACGACGGAAAAUUUGAAGGAGGCAAAUGAAUGGAUUCGUGACUCCAUCUCCGAUAGUGCCGCGAGACGGAUGAUCGUGCUAUUUUGCAUCGUCGUGAUCACCUUCUCGCUCUUGUUUAUUGACUGGUAUAACGCC